AUGUCGCGGGAUACUGAUCUUGAUGUUGUGGAGGUUGAUACUGAUGCUGAGUCGGGGUAUGGGGAGAGUGCGCAGUCAGAAUGGACUUCACUACGCAGCAGUAUCAUGAACUAUCACUACGAGAAUGGACGACGCUACCACGCCUACCAUGCGGGAUCAUAUUGGGGUCCAAACGACGAAAAAGCCAUGGAACAAUUAGAUAUAGGCCACCACGUCUUCAACCUCCUAUUAGACGGGAAGCUCUAUCUCGCACCGAUCCCAGAGGACGUCGAACAAGUCCUCGACAUCGGCACAGGAACCGGUAUAUGGGCCAUUGACUUCGCAGACACGCACCCCUCCGCAAGAGUAAUCGGAACAGACCUCUCCCCCAUCCAACCAACCUGGAUCCCGCCUAACCUUCACUUUGAAGUCGACGACUGCUGCGACGACUGGGUCUACGGCAAAGACAGCUUCGACUUCAUCCACGUCCGCGGCCUAUACGGCUGCGUGGCAGACUGGGAUAAAUUCUACAAAGAAGCACUGGACCAUCUAAAACCAAACAGCUACCUCGAACAAGUCGAAGUCUCAGUAGUCCCCAAAUCCGACGACGGCAGCACAAACAACACCGUCUUCGAAGAAUGGGGCAGAGUCUCACUCCAAGCAGGCGAUGCAUUCGGGAAAACGUUACGCAUCGUCGACGAAGCGAAAGAGAAAAUGAUCAAGGCCGGGUUUGUAGACGUCCAGGAACACCGCUUUAAGUGUCCUGUCGGGCCGUGGGCGAAGGAUCCCCGACUGAAGGUGCUGGGUAAGUAUAAUCGGUUGCAGUGGGAGAUGGGAAUUGAGGGGUGGAGUAUGAUGCUUUUGACGAGGUUCUUGAAUUGGACUCGUCAGGAAGUAGAGGUAUACCUCGCGCGCAUGCGCCAGGCGCUACGAGACCCGAGUAUUCAUGCUUAUCAGGAGAAGUACUCAUACCCUCCCCUUCCCCUUCUCUUCCUCCUUCCAUUCCCAUGGGACUUGCCCUAUCCUACGACAGCCCUAAUCACCAAACCCAUGACAUAA